CACACCACCACCCUCUCCACUGAAAUGCCCGUCGGUACGGUUCAGAUGCCAUCGGUUGUCUCCUGUCUCAGGGACUGCCAGCACGAAUGCCGGGUGUGCGGGGUAACAGUGGUUGGCCUAUCGGCCUACGCCAAGCACAUCUCCACCGCACUGCACAAGGAGAGCGCAGCAGCACCGGCCAAGGACAAGGACCCCGGCGACGGCAGGGAAGAACAGUACUUUGACAAGGAGCUCAUCCAGCUGAUCAGACAACGCAAGGAACCCAAGCGGGAAGAUAUUUCAACACCAGUUGAUCGGGAAACGGAUGGCGGAGACAGAAGGCACCGGUGGAGAUGGGAAGAGAGACCGAUCAAUAACUACACCAAAGGGUCAUGGCACCACAGCAACCUUGGAGACCAACAGUGGAACUGGGAGGGUGAAGACUACAUGAACUGCAGACUUGGUGAUUACCAGCGGAGUCACUGGAAAUCCAACUCAGGAGCAACUGGCAAAUGGCAUCAGUCUGGGGCAAGAGGGGCUGGAGGCUGGCAAGCCCAUGGGUCAGGAGGGGCACCAGAUUGGUAUGGCGUCAGAAGUGUCCGAGGAGGAUUUCCAAACUGGCAUGCUCGAGGCUGCUCCACCUGGCAUUUCACCGCACAAGGAAGGGGUCGGAACUGGAGCGAGACCACAGCAGAGGAGACUUAUCCCACCUACCCCAACACUGAAGAGAGCUACCCCACCUACCCCAAAACCUGGGCCAACUACAGCGGCCCUGCAGAGGAACCGGGUGCCCUGUGGAGCAACGGGAAGCCACGGAAGCUGAGCAAGAAGGAUCGAGCCCGAAUUGCCAAGGAGCGGAGGGCAUGGGAGAAGAUCUGGAAACGGAAUGAGAAGCUGGGGAAGGGGGCGACCAAACAACAACAGGAAUCAAUGACCCAGUGGCCUGAGAGUGAGGGCCCACAUAAUUUCUCCAUGGAUUUCACCGAUGAUUACCUGCCCAAUGAAGGGAUGUUGAACUUUAAUGUUGGAGACUGUUUUAGCAAAGAGGAUCCGAGCGGUGGGAAGAGCUCCAGCCCUUCCAGAGACAAGAGCCACCGCUGGGCUCCUUACCAAGCUCCCAAAAGCACCGAGCCCCCAGCAUCCACCAAGGACUCCAGCACGAAAGGGAAACAUGGGGAUUCGGACGCCACUCGUUGUCUGUCAAUGAAGCAGAAAAAUCUCAAGGGGCCUCAUGAGGCAAAUAAAGAGCUGGGUGUCUGCACAACUGCAGCUCCCCAACCCAGCAACCCACCCACCAAAGCAGGCACUAGGACUGAGUGCCAGACUGCCACUCAGUGUGCCAAGAUCAGGCCGCCUCUGCUCCCUACACCUAACAUCCCACCCAUUGUCCUGAAAGCAGAGUGCAGGAACAUUCCCAAAAAAGGCAACCCUUCAUCCAUCACCAAGGAGCAGACCCCCCUCAGCACACUGGACCUCGAAACGUCCCGUGGGUUGUCAGAACCAGAGGUCUCCGUGCACCGUCCCGACCAUGCCACCAGCACACCGAGCUCUCAGCUCUCAGUGAGAGCCAGCACCAGCCCCAUCGUGACACCGCACAAGCCCCUUCUUGCCCUGGGAGGAGAGGCUGAGGAGAGUCUGAGUGAAGUGCUCAGACGCGCUAAAGAGGUGCUGAGGUGCAGCCAGACGGAGCGCAGGCAGCAGGCAGAACAGAUGGACGCCGCGAGGAGCCAACCCGACCAGCCAGUGGGCAGCCCCAGGCCAGCCUCGCAGGGCAGUGAGGAGAGCGGGAAAGAGAAAAGGUCGCAGCCUGGAGCCGCUGUGGACUGCAAAGAGGAAGAAACAAGUGAGAAAGAGCUUGUGGAUUGUACGAGGACAGGGGAGGGGACCGUGGCAGGUGUGGACUCCGCAGGGUGUUUGGGCGAGGUGUUAGAGAGCUCAAACCCGGCAGCAGAGCAAGGGGCAGCGUCAGAUCACGUGACAUCCUCUAGACUCUCCCCAGGGGUCGUGGUGUCAAACAGGAGCCCGGGGGACGAUGGGCAUCCCCCCUCCCGCUCCUCGUUUUCCGGGGCGGAAAUGAGUGAUGGAGAGGCCCAGCACUGGGAGGCUUCCGAUCACUCCGAUUCUGAGCUGCCGCCCGGGGCCACCCAAGGCUCCAGCCACCUGCUGAACAAGCUGGGGCUGCCCAGCGCACUGCAGAGAGACCUGACCCGACACAUGACUGCCAAGUGCAGGGCAGGCCCUCACGUGCCCGAGCCCAAUCUGAACAGCGCUCGGCGCAUCCGCAGUAGCGGCAGCCAGAGGAGAAGCGAAUCGGAGAAGGAAUCGGGUCUGAAGCCCACCUUGAAGCAGCUGCUGAACGUGUCUCGAAGGCACGUGAACUGGGAUCAGGUCAUUCAGCAGGUGGCCAAGAAGAAGCAGGAGCUCGGCAAGGGCUUGCCCAGGUUUGGGAUUGAGAUGGUGCCGUCAGUACAGACCGGGCAGGAUUCCCUGGAUCUGGAUGAAGAUGAGAAGCCUGGCUCUCUGGAAGGCUUCCACUGGGAGGGAAUCUCGGUCACUCCGGGCGGGUCCUUGCGGAAGCGCAGCCUCUCUGAAAGCAGUGUGGUGACGGACAAGACCUCCGUCUACAGCCUGUUUGUCGACGCUCCAAAGGCAACAAGGAGAGUCCAGAGUGGAGCCAGUGGUCACCAGCCUGCAGGCAGACAGCAGCCUCCCAGUCCCCUGGGACCGAAGGCAGGGAACGACCAGAACACCAAGGAGGGUAGUGUGUGCGGGCGAGCAUCGUGCCCAGUGCAGUGUAAUCAGCCAGACCCCGAGCCACUCCAGACCACACCUCCCUCACGGGCACCCAGCAACUGCUGCCCGGUCAAGUCGGAGCAGGACGUGGAACUCCCUGGAGAACGGAACAGCGCUCAGGCGGGAAAGCAGGACGCUGGGGAGAGGAAUAGGGAGCUGCAGGUGGCUACCCCCACAGGGUUGGGGGCUGUGCCCGGGUCGGUGGCUGCCGAUGGAGCCACGGACAGCAGCUACACGUCUGGGGGCGAGCUGAACGACACCCAAGCCAUGGGGAAGAAACGCAGAGCAGGAGUGGAUCUUCCAUCUCCAGAAGUGUCUGGUUUGGAAAGAAAGAACAAGAGGAGAAAACUAAAAAGCAAGAAAGAACGGAGCCAGGUGGACCAGUUACUGAGCAUGUCGCUACGGGAGGAGGAGCUGAACCGCUCGCUUCAUGGGCUGGAUGGCAGCCUGCUGCAGGCCCGCACCACACUCCAGAGCGCCUACUUGGAGGUUCAGAGGCUGCUCGUUGUCAAACAGCAGAUCACCAUAGAGAUGAGCUCUCUGAGAACCAGGAGAAUCAGCAUCCUGCAGGGACUACAAGAGACCUACGAUCCAACAGGCCUCUCCGCCCAACAUCCAGGCUGCAGCGCAGCGACCACCAACACAAGUGCCGACCUGGGGAGCAAGACCAAGGCCCCCCUGAUCCCAAACCGGGACUCUCCAAACACAGCCACCCCUGUCCCUCAGAGCACCCCCCCUUACCACCCCGGAGCUGCCAUCCCAGAUUCCUCCAUUAAGCAGGAGCCAAGCUCUCCAGCCAAAGAUGAGGCCAUGACCCUCUCCAGACCCGAGGGUCCAGGGGGCCAUGUCACCACAACAUUGGGGCAAGCCCACCACACAGCCCAGGCCAGCGAUGGUGUGGAGCAACCUUCGUCACCAUUCCCCAUCAUCUCUCUUCCCCCGUUGCUGCAGCAGCUGGCAGAGCUGCCGGCACUCAGCUGUGACAAACUGUCCGUUGGAAUGGCGGUGGGCAGCGCCGGGAGCAAGUUGUCAGGGAGCAGUGUACUCCCCUCCCCAGCCCACGCCCCCUCCCCAGCCAUGGCUCACGCCCCCUCCCUGGCGGACCGUGGCCACUUGCUCGCUGUGUGCAAGAGGCCCGGGCUUCCCCUGGCCGGCAGCCCCUCCACGCUGCAGAAGUGUUCCGGGAAGGAGCUAAGAGCGGGAGGGGAGCAGCUCGACCCCGAGAAUCCUGGCAACAAGAGGAAGAAGAAAUUCCGCAAGAAGAAAUGUGCCCGGGUAGCGCAGGAGCCCGAGAACAGCGACACAGAGCAGGACAGCCAUGUCGCCCAGCCUGUCCGCAAGAGCAGAAACAGCAAGAAGCCCAGCAAGCCCAAGGUCAGCACCUCCUCCUGGCAGGGCCCAGAGGGUAGCUCGGUGGCCAGGGAGCAGCGGGAAAUGGCCGACUGCGAUUUCUCCCUGGAGGUGGUGGAAGUAGCCAAACCACAGCUGGAGGUUGUGGCCGUUGAUUCCCUGGAGUCGGGAGAUGACAAGCCCGAAAGCCUUGCCCAGCAGCAGCAGCCUGGGCACGGGCUGGGCACGCCCGAGACACCCACCAACGCCGGCUACAACGAAGUCUCAUCCACCAGCGAGAUGGGAACCAGCUUCACUGACGACAUUGAGCGAAGUGUGGCCGAGACCCAGACAACAGUGUCAUCAUUGCUGAAGAGUUCAAAGAACACGUCAGAGGUGUCCUCAGAGGCUGGAGAUGAUGAAGAGGGGCCCACGGAGGGAGCCUUUGAGGGGCACCAGGGAGCAGUGAACGAUGUGCAGAUACACAACGGCCACCUCUACACUUGUUCUGCUGACAAAACUGUGCGGGUUUACGACUUAGUGAGUCGUCAGUGCGUGGGUACAUUUGAGGGUCACAGUACGAAGGUGAACUGUUUGCUGAUUGUCCAGACACACGGCACCUUCGCUCGACUGUACACAGGCUCCAGCGACCAAAUCAUCCGCUGCUACAAUGUAGAGAGCAGGGAAUGUGUGGAGCAGUUUGUGUUAUCAGAUCGGGUGCUGAGUUUGCACAAUCGGUGGCGAAUGCUGUAUGCUGGCCUGGCCAAUGGUUCGGUGAUAACGUUCAGUGUUAAGAGUAACCGCCAGUUGGAUGUGUUUGAGUGCCACGGGCCGCGAGCUGUCAGCUGUCUGUCCAGCGCCCAGGAGGGAUCUCGCAGGCUACUGCUGGUGGGAUCCUAUGACUGCACCAUCAGCGUGCGUGAUGCCAAGAACGGACUGUUAUUGCGGACUCUGGAGGGCCACACCAAGACAGUGCUGUGCAUGAAGGUGGUGAAUGAUUUGGUUUUCAGUGGCUCCAGUGACCAUUCUGUGCACGCACACAACAUCCAUACGGGAGAGCUGGUGCGGAUCUACAAAGGGCACAGCCAUGCGGUGACAGUGGUCAGCAUUCUCGGCAAGGUGAUGGUGACGGCGUGCCUGGACAAGAUGGUCAGAGUCUACGAGCUCAAUGUAAGUCACAGCACAGUAAGGCAGCAACGUGACUGAUUGGCUGAGGCAGA